GGUUCCACGAGAUACCUGGGAUGCUUAUGAACUUCGACUUCGUCGAGCACAGGUUGAUUUACGGCCUCACCUUUGAGAACUGUAAGCAGAGAUGUGCCAGCGACCGUCAGUGCGGUGCCGGGGUCUACUUUAUCACGGGGAUGGUGUGUAGCAUGGGCUUGGCCGGAGUGCAGUCCACGUAUACCGAUGUCGGCGUGAUAACCAUCAUAAAGUCAUCGGAAUGUAACUGCGAAAUGGAGAAGCACACUGGCAUGACCCUCUACGUUCAUGGUUCAUAUCCACCAGGUGUCAACAAGUGGUCAUUUCCAGCCAGUAAGCCAGAUGACUGUCCAGAGGCUUGUCUGGCGGAACCUCUCUGCCUCUUGACACAGUUCAAUCCCAUUGAUAAGAAAUGUCACAGCUACAACACUUGGCCAUUCAUUGGAUUCGGUACGGCGGAAGAAAACUUUUACGUCAAAAGCCGCGGGUGCUAGCGAUCGCUCACAUGUAACAGCGGUUUUUGAAGUUGUACCAGUAUGACAGGGAUGGUAGUCUACUAAGAACCGUAGUCCGUUCUCGAGUACUUUUUACAGGUGACAUUCGUCCCA